CAGAUAAGCUGAAGAUACAUCACUAUUUAAAAGGGAAAGAAGGAAGUAAAAGAACAUCAAUUGAUAUGCUUGAAAUCAUCAUGAGUUGGUUCACAAGCGAAGACACUCGAACAUCGACAAGCACGAUAUUCAAAAGACGUUUAUGUGACAUACACCUCAGGGGAGAAUAAAUUCGAGAUAUCGAAAUGAAAAUGUGGUUUUCAUUGCUGCUAAUUGUGAUGACGGCGGAGGUAGGAUCACUAAGAGGGCCAGAUAUAACUCAUGACAAGGAACAUCCUCACACCACUACUCGAGCCGCGUCGAAGGGCAAAUGGUUUUAUUCUUCGACUGGCACAACUAUCAAUAAUAAAAUGCCGCAAUUGAAAACAGCAAUUGUCGAAACUAAAGAAAUUGUCAACAAUGAAGACAUUGUUAAAUCUCUCCAAAAUAUCUCCAAUAAGAACAACACUUAUGUAAGGGAAAGUGGUACUACUAGUUAUCAGAAAAUGAAAGAAUCAGGCGAAUGCAUAUUGGAAAUAGAGUCGGACGUAAUUAAUCAAUUCCGACACAUCAUUUAUACAGAAGCCAGUAAUUUUGCGUAUCUUAAUCUGACGGCAACGAGUGAUGUCAGUAUUCAAAAAGCAAAUUAUACGAUUGGAGAGAAUGUAUGGGUGUGGACUUUUUACGGCAAGGAAGGUGCUUUUGAAUUCCUACGUUGGCCAACAGAGUUUGGUAUUUGGUCGAUGGGUCUUCUGUAUGAAAGUGUGACAGUCCAUCCGAUACCAAUAAGGCUUUCUAGAGUGUCGGGAAAUUGUUCAAACUUACGAGUUGGAAACAGAGAGGACGAUUUGAUUAUAAGUCGUGCUUUUAUUAAUUUGACUGAGGGCAUGAUGGCAUUGAACUCAGAAAAAUAUGGUCCAUCAUUCUAUUGCUAUAGAAAGAGAGUAAUAAUAGAUCCAUAUAUGUUGUGUAAACAUCUUGUUUGUCCCUUAGAGGCAGUGACAUAUUAUUGCUGCAAUUAUUUCUAUAAUGGUACACAGAAAAAACGAGAGAUGGUGUGCAGAGAGCAAGUGUUUGAUUUCGACGCCAUGUGGUGGGUGUAUCCAAGUAUAUUCUCACUUGCCCUUUUUGCAUAUUCACCAAUACUUUUAAUGUUCUUCUUUUACAAAGUUACUAGGAAAAAAUCGUACAAAUUUCCUAUUCCUUCAGCAAAUGAUGGGAAUCUGCAAGGAAAAGACAGUGUUUCCGAUUUUAUAUUAGUAGAAGGUUGCAGUCACACAACCUUUAUGAACACAAUUUUCACACCAGUUACAGAAUGUAAACGUGCAUUUGCUGGAACAUACUUACGAAUUAUUGUAAGUCGACUAAGUCGUUUACUCAUUCCAGUUGCUACAUUCUCUAUUGUGGGAAUUCAAAUUCUUCUUGACUAUUAUUACUUGAAUGGGUUUGUUCACGAGGCUGUUGACACUGGGGUUCCACUUGGCUUUCGAUCAAUUCUGACAGGUUUCACGAAGAGUAAGAAAAAUUUCCUCCCUAAACUAGGUGGUCCGUUUAUUGCUUCGGUCUGCUACCUCGUUGUCACUAGUGUCCUGUUAGUAAUACCCAGAUCUCCUAUUGGAAUUCUAGAACGGGGCGCAACCUGGGGAGAUCUGUCCGUUUGUGAAAAGUCACCGCUAAGCCUUAAACCAAGUACAAUUUGUUUGCUAGGCGCGGUCAGAUUGCAAAAUACGCGACGGUACCACACGAUAUAUAAUAUUCUUUUAGCUCAAAUUUAUAUGCUAAUGAAUUUCAAGUUCUGGAAGUACAGUUUAGGCCUGCAGAUUAACAGGUGGUCAGCUUUGCGCAAAUGUCGUCUGUGUGUGUUACUGCUACCGGUUUACGUAUUAUUUUGUGCAUUAGAGCUUUUAUUUGCUCUACUGCUUUACGGAAUACCUGUUGUGUCGUUUGCCUUCAUUGUCAUUAAAGGAUACUGUAAAGCACUGAUAAGAGCUGGAAAUCGAUCCGGCGGCGACAUAUGUGCAUACAUCUGUUCCAUGUGCCUAGCCGUGCCAGUGUUCUACUUCCUCUUUAUGUUCGGCACCAUCUUUCUAGACGCAACUUUAUUUAUCUGCCGAGUGACAAUUUUCAGCUUUACUGGGGUCAUCGUUUUUCCUAAAUCUGCGUACGGUUAUCUCAUAUUCGCUUUUACAAUUCUUUACUAUCUAUGGGACAGUCUAGAAAACUUUUCCUUGAUAUACAAACGAAUUCUAAAACAGACGAUAGCAGCAGCGGAAUCUCUGCAAAGAGCUAACGACGAAGGACUAAAAAAGGUCAUUUAUAAGAUUAAGGGGCGUUUAGGCGUACGGGAAUCAUUGUAUGAAUUUGUAAUCGAGAGACACAAUCCAAGAAGAAAGCAGGUGUUUUUGACCUUGCUUCAGACUGCAAUACUACUUGGCGGCUUGUGGAUUAUAAUUAACCUUCUUCUAAAAACAGAUAAUUUCAGAGAAUUAAGUGUCAUAAUGCACGUGGGUACUGCACUGUUCAUCUGUGCAUUGCCGAACUUAUUCAAGAGGGUGUGCGCCAGAAGAGGCGGCAAAAUUGAAAAGCAGAAACAGCACAAAGAAAUCUUACGCAACUUGAACAUAUACAUGGGAUAUUUUCACGACGAGCCCUCAAGUGAAGUAGAAGAGGAGCGACUGUAUAGAGAACCCGAAUGUGUUUAAUUUUAAACGUGUAGCAAGUACGUCCUUUAAAAGGGAACUUGUUCGCAGCAGUGCCAGAUUAAGCAACGCGGAGGCCCAUGGGCAGUACAACUUUUCGGGCGAACACCCUAGGCUCCUUGUUCUACUAGAACGCCAGUGUCCAGUUGAUUUCACGCAUCUAAAUUAGCCUACCAGUGCCAAUGCUGUCAAGGCAGAACUUGUGACAAUAUCUUUUUAUAGGUAUAAAAUGUCGUUACAAUACCGUCAUGUCCAUACGACACUAUAUUUUUUUAGAUAAAGGAAUUUAAGAAAGAAAUAUCUGUAGUAUGUAACAAUACAGUUUUAAAAAUAAUACAUCAUUGUCACUUGGUAAGACAAUGUCAAGCCUUUAAUCGGCACUUUUUUACAUGGAUAUUACAAGAAUGGCUCUGUCAAGCCAUUAGAUAAGGCUAAGUAAUAAGUUAAAAAAAACAAUCUUUCGUCACGGUCUCAUGGGACCCCUUCAAAUCGCGGGGCCCAUAGGCAGUAGCCUACUCUGCGUAAUAGGUAAUCCCGGAAUGGAUUGCAGAGUGUUCAUGUGGAAAUUCAAGGUGGUGGUGUUUUGUGUAUAGAUAAGGUUAAGACUUAUAACACAAUUUUGCUUUUCAAUUCCUAGCUUAUACACACGUGCAACAACUAUGUUGGGUGGAAAUGUACUUUUCUAUGUAAAUAGCGUUCACUUUUGAGACCCUUACAGUUUGUUUACCAGUGUCGGUACAUUGAUUUUCUGUGUAUUGUUUAUAUAUGUUUAACGGUUUCUUGAAUAAAUCAUGUUUUCAACGUG